UUCACACUCUUUCCUUCACUCAAUUUCAUUCUCUUUUUCCUUAUAAUUCUUCUUCUGCAUUGUUUACAAACAACGUUCUAUAGUCAAGUUUGGUGCUUCUUGCUCUGCAAUUUCUAGUUCUCAAGAUGAAUGUGACUGUGAGUAACCCUUUGGUGAGCCAUGAUGUUGCCGGAGACCAUUUUCCGGUGGGCAUGCGUGUUCUUGCCGUUGACGGCGACCAAGCUUGUCUUAGAGUGUUGGAGAACCUUCUUCGCCAAUGCAACUAUAAUGUGACUACUACAACUCACUCAAUUAUGGCUCUUGAAAUUUUGAGGAGGAACAGAAAUAACUUUGACCUGCUGAUUAGUGCUCUAAAUAAGCCAGACAUGGAUGGAUUUCAACUCCUUAAGCAAAUCGGACUUGAAAUGAUGGACAUACCUGUUAUAAUGUUAUCAGAACACAGUGACAAAGAGUUGGUGAUGAGUUGUGUUACUCACGGCGCUUGUAAUUAUAUGCUGAAACCUGUUCGUAUGGAAGAGAUGAAGAACAUAUGGCAGCAUGUAGUGCGCAGGAAGAUGAUUGGUUGCAGUGAUCAGAAUCUAGCUGUCAAUAACGAGAAAACCUGCAAUGUUGCUGGAGAAGGCAGUAGUCAUGGCGGCACCGUAUCAGAAAAUAGAGGUCAGAAAAGGAAGGAACUAAGUGAGGAUGAGAAAGUAAAAGGAGAUGAUGAACAAUCAUCUCGAAAGAAGGCUCGUUUGGUUUGGACGGCUGAUUUGCAUUCAAAAUUUGUUGCUGCAGUUCAGCAACUGGGUUUUGAAAAGGCUGUUCCUAAGAGAAUACUUGCAUUGAUGAAUGUUGAAGGACUUUCAAAGCAUCAUGUAGCAAGUCAUCUGCAGAAAUUUAAACUCGGUCUCAAAAAGUCACAUAAUCCGGCUAGCUUGAACUUGGGAGGAAGCAGUGGUUCUUAUCCACUCGUCAAGCCUAUUCAGUCUGCAAAUCAUAGCUCAAAUUCUAUAUUUCAUUAUAAUGCAACUCAGUUAUCUAAUUUUUCUGAAGACUUGUCUCCAUUGAGUGAGGUUAAUGAUGAUCAACUUGCUGACCAAAGCUUGAAGUUUUGCUCCUCUGGUUCUGGUGACUUUUCUGCCACCAGUGGUGUUGCUGAUCCUAUACAGAAUGCUAGAGCUGAUGGGAUGCAGAGCAGUUUUUGGGAGCAAAUCUUACUUUGGGAAUCUAUUUAG